AUGGAAGUCGACAAUCCAUUCUCAGUCUUCCCCAGGGAAGUCCGAGACAUGAUAUAUUCCUACUCUAUUCCGGAAAUCCCAGCCACAGACGCCACAGUCUUCAAAACAGCCUACAACACCAAGAAUGCCCCUCUUCUGUUCCUCAACGAAGCCAUCUCCAAAGACGUUCAGCACGUGCUCUACCAAUAUCAUGCCAUCGUCAUCCCAGUGCUGAACCCAAGCGAAUACGAACUCAAAGAGACAAAAUUCGCACCUAUCGUCAGCCAAUGCUCGCGCCUGAUGAAACAGCGCUCUAACAGAGUAAUCAUCGGUACAUCACGCUUCAUUGCCGCAAGCUACUCGCCGCUGCUUCACAUAAACAUCCACGACGGAACAUCAGCUGAAGACUGGAUCCAGAAAUUCUGCGGAUUUGAUAAUCCUGAGCCGCUAGCCAAGAAACUCAUCGAUGAGUUGAUUUCGCUACGACCUGAACUGCCGAAUGUCAAGGUCAUUGAAUUCAAGUUUUUCGAGGGUUUUAAUGUCCUUGUCGCUUUGAGGUGGAGGGAGUACCUUUUAGAAUUGAAAGAGGCAUGGCCGGAUAUUGAGAUUGAGAUCGAUUUUGUUCCUGCGUUUCUGGGCUGGGAACAUGUUGAAGCAUUUUUUCAGGACGCUCAGGAUAGUAUGGAGGAAGAUGGUGUUUUUAAACCGGACAGGCUGAGGGAUUUGGAAGAGAGGAAGUAUGGCACUGCAUGA